UGGCUCUUAGGCAGAGAGGCAGUCAGGGAGCUGUAGGUGCUGUAAGUACCACCCCUGCAGCUCCCAUUAGCCACAGCUCCCCUUCUGCUCCAGAAGACAGUAGUGAAGAAGUCCUCUGGGCUGCCUAGAGUGCCUGCAGAGAAGCAACCAAUGGGGGGGAAGGUGCUUCUUGAGCAACCAGUCGGGAGAGAAGGAUCAUAUAAAAGGCAAGCUGCAGAACAGAGAGUUCAGUUCCUGCCUGGAGCUUGAAGAGGGAGGACCAGGAGCGUGCUGGACUCUCGACAGGUCUAAGCUACAUCCCCAUGUGGUGGCUGGAGAAGGAAUCCAAAUGGGAAUAAUGAAUAUGGUCCAGCUGGGAGGCUGAGUUGCAGAAGACCUGCUCAAAAGAUGUGUGGUUGCAGACACUAUUGGCCAGGGAAGGAGAGGCAGGCGCUGACCCUGCUCAAUGGCUGUGUCACCCGGUCAAAGCUGACCCAGUUAUGAGUUUAUUUGCCCAGGGAGGUGAAUCAGAGACAAUCAGCCCGCCUCCUUCCCCUCCCCUCUGCUCUGCUCUCUGCAAGCACAGCAGCUUCGUGCCACAGGGUGAGCAGUCGCUAUUCCCUCGGGGCCGAAGGCAGCAGACACCACGCUCCAGUGAGACAGCUGCAGACAUGGACUCCCCUGGCCUUCAGGAGAAAGUAGCUGUUGUCGGAGGCGGUCUGGUGGGGGCUCUAAAUGCCUGUUUCUUCGCAAGGCGAGGCUUCCAAGUCGACCUCUAUGAAGCCAGAGAAGAUAUCCGCGUCGCCAGAGCCAUGCGUGGAAGGAGCAUCAACCUGGCGCUGUCUCACCGAGGGCGCCAGGCCCUGAAGGCCAUUGGGAUGGAAGAGCAGAUUGUGGCCAAAGGCAUCCCCAUGCGGGCCCGGCGGAUACACACCCUCUCUGGGAAAACCUAUUCCAUCCCCUACGGAACCAAGAGCCAGUACAUUCUCUCUGUGGACAGGGCGAAUUUAAACAAAGAGCUGCUCACAGCUGCUGAGAAGUACCCCAACGCUACGCUGUACUUUGGACACAAGCUGCUUCACUGCCACAUUGAAUCAGGGCUGUUAACCUUCCAAAGACCUGACCAGACGUCCAUGGAAGUCACUUGUGACCUGCUAGUGGGAUGUGAUGGAGCCUUUUCUACAGUGCGAAAGCAGUUCAUGCGGCAGACACGCUUCAACUACAGCCACGUGUACAUCCCUCAUGGGUACAUGGAGCUCACCAUCCCACCCAAGGACGGGGAUUUUGCCAUGGAAGAGAAUUUCCUGCACAUCUGGCCCAGGAACACCUUCAUGAUGAUCGCGCUGCCUAACCUGGAUAAGUCGUUCACGUGCACCCUCUUCAUGCCCUUCGAGGAUUUUGAGCGGCUCACGACGGGCGAUCAGGUGCUGGAAUUCUUCCAAGCCUACUUCCCAGAUUCAGUUCCCCUCAUCGGAGAGCAAGCGCUGAAGCGCGAUUACUUUUUGCUGCCACCCCAGGCCAUGAUCUCUGUGAAGUGCUCGUCGUACCACAUGGCGUCCCGGUGUGUGCUGAUGGGAGACGCCGCCCACGCCGUGGUACCCUUCUACGGGCAAGGCAUGAACGCUGGAUUUGAAGACUGCUUGGUCUUCGAUGAGUUAAUGGACCAGUUCCACAAUGACCUCCGGAGCUGCCUGCCCGAGUUCUCCCGGCUGCGUGUGCCCGACGACCACGCUAUCUCCGACCUCGCCAUGUACAACUACGUGGAGAUGCGCGCACACGUCAAUUCCAAGUGGUUCCUUUUCCGCAAGUGCCUGGAUAACUGUCUGCACUGGCUGAUGCCCUCCACGGUGAUCCCACUGUACACAAUGGUGAUUAAUAAAGGACUCUUCCUAAUUGGGGCAGCUGCAGCGCUGGGUGGCCUCUACCCGCUCGCCAAGUGGGGCGCCCGUACGGCUGGCUCCGAAAAGCCGUGGAGCUGGGUGCUUCAGCUCAGGAACCUUGGAAGUCUCCUGCCAGCAACGCCCCGGGCAUAAGGCAGGGGAGCCCCGAGGGCACGCACAAGUCUAGCUGGAAACUCCUCCGUGUUCAUCUUCCCAUCCACCAGGCAGGAGCCCUCUGGCCCCCAGAGAGCUCAGAGCCAGGCCUUGGCGGUACUCGCCAGGCAUUGGCACCAGUGUUCCCUGUAAACUCUGCCGGGAGCGCCCGUGUGCUCAGCUU